CACGUGUGCGGCAAUUUUGUCUCCAUGUUGUUGUCCGAAUUAUAUUGUUAUAUUUCACCGGUUACGCUCUUUUUGACGACUGACUCCAUUCUCGUUCCGAAAAAUGCUCUCGCUGCGUUCCAGAGCUUUGCCAUUGGCCAGGAAUCUCCGUUUCAUUUCAACUUGGAGCUAUGUGCCGGCGGGUCCGCCAGAUCCGAUCCUGGGCGUCACAGAGGCCUUCAAAGCUGAUAAGGAUCCCCGUAAAAUCAAUCUUGGUGUCGGCGCGUACCGUGAUGAAAAUGGAAAGCCAUUCGUGCUUCCCUCAGUGAAAUCCGCCGAAGAGCGCAUUCAUGCUGCCAAACAGGACAAGGAAUACCUUCCCAUCACAGGAUUGGCUGACUUCACCAAACUCGCAUCAAAACUUGCAUACGGCGAAGAUAGCGAGCCGCUCCGAAAUGGUUUUAUCGCUAGCACCCAGUCUAUCUCGGGAACGGGUGCUCUUCGUGUAGGAGCUGCAUUCCUCGCUCGCCAUUACCCUGGAGUGAAGACUGUUUACUUGCCUGUCCCUUCGUGGGGGAACCAUACCCCCCUCUUCCGUGAUUCUGGGAUUGAAGUUAAAGGCUAUCGUUACUUUGACAAGAAGACCGUUGGUCUAGACUUUGCUGGUUUGAAAGAAGAUCUUGAGGCUGCAGCUGAGAAUUCCAUUGUGCUGCUGCAUGCAUGUGCGCAUAAUCCAACAGGAGUUGAUCCAACGCCCGAGCAGUGGGCUGAGAUUUCACAGAUCGUUCAGAAACGGUCUCUUUUCCCCUUCUUCGAUAUGGCAUAUCAAGGCUUUGCGUCUGGUGAUACUACUCGCGAUGCGUACGCAUUACGAUAUUUCGUCAAACAAGGACACCAGGUUGCUCUUGCGCAAAGUUUCGCAAAGAACAUGGGUCUGUAUGGAGAGCGGGUUGGCCUCUUCUCGCUCACCACGGGCUCGCAGGACGAGAGGGCCCGCGUAGACAGCCAAAUUAAGAUCGUUGUUCGGCCCAUGUACUCAAACCCCCCUAUCCACGGGGCGCGUAUUGCGAGUACCAUUCUGGGCGACCCACAACUCUACGGCCAAUGGUUAACCGAGGUUAAGGGGAUGGCUGACCGAAUCAUCUCAAUGCGAGAAGUGCUCUACAACACACUUACCCACGAGCUCAAAACACCAGGAGAGUGGGGACACAUUAAGUCACAGAUCGGCAUGUUCAGUUUCACCGGAUUGACUGCUCCGCAGACGAAGGCCCUAGCAGAGAAUGCACACAUCUACAUGACGUCUGAUGGACGUAUUUCGAUGGCUGGUCUGAAUAGCAGCAACAUCAAGUACUUCGCUGAGAGCGUGGACGCUGCCGUUCGCGGAAGGCUAUGAGGAGUGAUUAUUACUGUUUACGAGGCACACGCCGCCAUGUCUAGCCUAAUUCUAAUCUCAGGCAAUUGGCUGGUGCUCAAAUUAGUGCCUUGGCUAUGUAACUUUAGCUCUCAGUGCGCUGAUCUGAAGGUGUUCCAUCUCUGCAGACCAAACAAUGCAUUCAUUUAUGACUGUC